UACAAACUCACUCUCCCAGUUUGUAUAAUUCGGUUAUCCCGCUUCUUGACCGACCUAUCUUCCAUUUUGAAACCCUAAAAAAGCAGGAAAGCAAAGUAAUAGUGAAGUAAAGUUGAUCCUCUCUCAGCUUCUCCUGCAAUCGACGAUGAAGCUCGUUAGAUUCUUGAUGAAGUUGAACAAUGAGACCGUUUCAAUCGAGCUAAAAAACGGCACUGUUGUUCACGGAACUAUCACAGGUGUGGAUAUUAGCAUGAACACACAUUUGAAGACGGUGAAAUUGACAGUGAAGGGGAAAAAUCCAGUUACUCUUGAUCACCUAAGCGUGAGGGGUAACAACAUCCGCUACUACAUUCUACCUGAUAGCUUGAAUCUCGAGACUUUGCUGGUGGAAGAGACACCCCGCGUCAAACCCAAAAAGCCCACUGCAGGGAAGCCUUUGGGCCGUGGUCGGGGCCGAGGUCGUGGCCGCGGACGUGGACGUGGUGGCCGAUAAUCGAGUCGCUCUGGUUUUAUUCAUUGGAGCACCUGGCUAUGUGAAAUCAGUAGGUUUGUAAGGAGUGUUUGUUAAUGAUUGCCAGACCCAAAAGAUGGCAUUACAACCAACUUUUUCAUUUUACUGUUAGCUCUGUUUCUUAUAUAUUGGAAGUGCUUCUCUUAUAUUCUUUGGCCUUGUUAUCAAAGUGGUCUUCCAUCUCAUGACUUUCUACGAAAUUAUUUGUUUCAGCUAAUCUGUUCGUAACGUCAUGAUCUAUUUUAUCCA